UCGUGCGCAUUGGUGAAUCUGUAUACGACAGGUUCCCUCCUAAUACUCCUCACCUGACACGCUGACAGCUCCGAAGCUGUCAACACGACGAGUCAUGGCCGACAUUGCGACUUCCAAUGCGACCUCCACCGAGAAAACAGCACCACCAGUCAAGCCCGAACGACCCGAUGAGGAGGCAUACAAGGCCAACCUUGCAAAGGCGGAGAAAGAGUUGAAGGCUGCCGAGGAGCGCAUGAAGGCGAUCAAGGCCAAGCUCGACAAUGCCCGACCGAACAACAAGGACUCUCCCUCCGGCAAGCGCCAGCAGGAGCUGCGCGGCGAGCUCAGCCAGAUCCGCACUCAGCAGCAAGCCGGCAAAUCCUCCCGUGGCACCGUUAUGGACAAGAUCAAGCGCCUGGACGAGAACCUCAAAUCCCGCAUCAACGAAUCGAAGAACGCCCGCAACAAGGUCCAAUUCAAGUCCGCCGCAGACGUGCAAAGCGAGAUUGACCGACUGCAAAAGCAAGUGGACAGCGGGACCAUGAAGAUCGUUGAUGAAAAGAAGGCACUCGCGGACAUCUCCCAGCUCAACCGUCAAAAGAAGGGUUUCGCCGGCUUCGACGAGGCACAGAAGGGCAUCGACGACGUCAAGGCUCAAAUCGCCGAACUCCGCAAACAACUCGACGACCCGGAAUCUCGUGCCCUGUCCGAACGCUACAAUGCAAUCACCACCGAACUCGACGCCAUCCGCGCUGAACAAGACGAUGCUUUCAAGAGCUUGAACUCCCUCCGCGACGAACGUACCAAAGCCCACGAAGACCAGCAGAAGAAGUACACCGCUGUGAAGGAGAUCAAGGACGCGUACUACCAGCAACGCCGCGCGGCGGUCGAGUACGAGCGUGAGGGCAAGCGUAUUCGCGAGGAGAAGCGCCGAGCGGAGAAUGAUGCGUACCACCGUGGACGGAGACAGGAGGCCGCGCAGAGCAAGCUCGAAGACGCCAGUGCGCCCGCAUACCAGGAUGAGAUUCGCACCACGCAGGCUAUUCUCGCACAUCUCGACCCGUCAUCUGUGUCGAAGCAGGAAGCUGCUGGUCCAGGGAAGUUUGCCGCGACUGCCAGCCGGACUGUGGAGGGUGGAGAUAUCAAGGGUACAGCGUUGAAGAAGAAGGGCGAGGAGGAGGAGGUAUACUUUAUGGGUGGUGGUGGCAAGAAGAACAAGCGUGCCCGUGGGCAGCAGCAGGCGAAUGGUGCUGCUCCUGCUGCAGCGCCGGAGCGGAGAUUCAACUUGGACUUGGGCACGAUUGACAGUCUCGCAAAAAUUAAUGUUGAUCCGCCGAUGAGCCAGGCUGAGGUGCCGGCUGUGGUGGAGAAGCUGAGGGAGAAGCUCGAUUUCUGGAAGAAAGACCAGGAUCGCAAGACCAAGGAGAACGUUCAAAAAGCCCAGGAUGAAAUCGAUCGUCUCGAGAAGGAAGCCACCGCCAUCGAUAAGGGCGAGAAACCUCAAGUCAACGGCGGCGCGGAGAAGAGCGAGGCGCAAGUCACCAAGAAUCUGGAAAACGUCAAGUUGGAGGACAAGGCGGAGGCUACUACCAGCGCAUAGACCAACACCGAUGAGAACUCGUGCUCGUGAGCGGAGUGCAGCGUAUAGAACCGACCAAGAUUGCAUUCCAAGAGAAACUGCAAAAGGAGAGGGGAUUUGAAAAAAGCGAGCGAGUUUGUAUCCUAUUCCUAUCUGCGCAUAAAACUCUAGUAUCUUGGACAUUGAGAUAUGCGAAAGAUGUUUGUC